AUGGGCCUCGUUUCGUCCUGCUUUCGAUCGGAUCCCCCGAGAGGUCAGGAGCAGGUAUUAAAUGUAGAGGACACGGUCCCACAGAGGCCCAGGCCUCCGCCUAUCAUUCCUCCAGCAGUGGGUAUUGCUCAAAACCAGGGCAAUCAGGCCACACCAACGGACACCACUGUUACUGGCUCUCCCAAGGUUGGUCGCCCGAAAAUUGGCGCCCAGCAGCCGGAAGUAACUCAGCUCAUUAAGCAGCAAGCGCAGUCGCUUAUUCAACCAAACGCGAACCGCGAAGAUGAUGUCGAUAUAAGCAGUGAGAUUGCUCCUCUUGCGCCAGGCGCCCCAUUCUCAUGGCAGAAGGGUCGGCAAAUUGGCCAAGGCGCCUUCGGGACCGUGUACCUAGCUUUGGUGCACGCGACUGGCCAAGAAAUUGCCGUCAAGCAGGUCAGUCUGCCCCGCGAUGCAGCAAACAACGGCAGGGUUUUUGGGCACAUCCGGUCUCUGGAGGUGGAGGUUGGACUACUCCGUCGCCUGCGACACGAAAACAUUGUGCGCUACCUAGGCACCGAGCGGACUGACGACUGCUUGAACAUUUUCCUGGAGUACGUGCCGGGCGGCCCAAUCUCCAACAAGCUGUCGCAGUUUGGGCCGCUGCGUGAGGAGACCAUCCGUGUUUAUACAAAGCAAAUCCUGCGAGGCCUGGAAUAUCUGCACCAGCAGAAAGUCAUGCACCGCGACAUUAAAGGAGCAAACAUCCUGGUCGACACCAACGGCGUCGUCAAACUGGCGGAUUUUGGAGCUAGCAGGCAGAUUGAGGAGCUGGCCACGAUUGGCGGAGGCUCGCGGUCUAUCCGUGGGACGGCGAACUGGAUGGCGCCGGAGGUGAUCAAGCAAUCGGGUCAUGGGCGCGCCGCGGACAUCUGGUCGCUGGGAUGUGUAGUCAUCGAGAUGGCGACAGGUCGCGCGCCAUGGAGCAACUUUAGUGAUCCGUACGCCGUGAUGUACCACGUGGCUUCGACCAAGGAGCUGCCAGCAAUGCCCGACACGCUUUCAGCCCACGCCAAAGAUUUCCUUACUCUUUGCUUCAACCGCGUCCCACGGGAGCGCCCCAACGCAACACGACUGUUGCAGCACCCAUGGCUCCAAAACGUCGUCAUCCCCCGUGCGACCGGCCCGCCUCCGACCCUCCUACCUGUUUCACCGUCACCCCAAGCACGACCUGUCCAGCCCCUGCAGCAACUGCAAUCUCCAUGCGUACCCACUGUGGGCCCGCAGCCGUCACCGAAGGUUAUGGUCACGCUGCCUGCCGCUGCCCCCCUGCUGCCCCCGCCUGGAAUGCGCUCGCCGCCGUCGCCUAUCAAUGAAAAGUCCGAGUCGCAGUUUGGAUCGCCUGCAGCCGGCGUUACGACCGCGAGCUCUACAACGCCUACCAGCACCCGCGCGCCAGUUGUCAGCACCACUGCAGGCGCUGUUGGUGUUGCGCUUCCGCAGCUCAUGUCGCCACCCCAGACGGUUCCCCGUCCGGCAGUGCCGCCAUUGCCGCUGGACGCCAUGAAGCUAGGCCUCAUCACGCAGCAGCAGCAGCAACAGCAGCCACAGCCGCCACAGGCUACAGGGCCAGGCCUUUUCCCGAACCCAGGGCAGCCGCCUCAAUCCGCUCCAACAAAUGUGCCACCGAAACCGCCCUUGCCACCGGCUGCGGCACAGCAAUCCUCGCGAGGGACUAGCUGCCAGAACCAGCAUGACACCCUGGUGGACAGUGGGGCGGUGCAGCUCCUGCUCCAGAACAUUCGACAGCAGCAAGUGCAGAUGCAGCCCGGGCAAUUGCAAGAUAUGUAUGACAGCAUCUGCAUGGGUGUGGGCAUGACCAUCAGUGUCGGUGCCGACGCGGCGGGGGCAAUGGCUGGAGCAAUGGCAGGGACCGUAGCAGGGACAAUGCGCGACGUCAACCCCAUGAUUGAGCCCUCGUGGAUGCCAGAGCAAAUUCUGAAGCAAAAGGCCUUUUUCGACCAGAUGAAGAAGAUGGGUACCCCUCCGGCAACACCGCCCGAGUCUCCAUCUGCCAGCACCGAGGCCGCGGCCGCCACAAACAAAGUCACAGGAUCAGGCGUGGGUAGUGCUCCCUGUAGCAGUAGCGCUGGCCCCGAGGCGCCCAGCGCUACCUGCGUGGUGGAAAACACUAAGCCGCCACCGGCUUUCGCUGGUGAAGUCGUGCCGGCUCACGUGACGCCUCUUCCUCAGACGUCACCUCGCAGCGGACCGGGCACACACCGGAGCGGUGCAGGCACAUGGCGAAGUGGUGCGGGUACACAGCGGAAUGUGACACGCGCCAUGCCGCUACGGUCACGGCCACCUUUGGCAGGGCUGUUUGCAGCAGCGUACGAGCAAGAGAACGCGGACACGCACAUGGAGCCGGAUCAGCCGUUGUCCGCCAGGCAGGAGUCGCCUCGCGUCGUGCAUCCACGGCAGCCAGCCAUGAAGCCGACGCCAACGCAACCACCGCGGGUUGUCAGCGCCUCACGUCGCGCACUUGAGGAGGCCGGCAUCCUGCGCAAUGCCACUCUGGACUCCGCCCGUGCGAAGCAGUGGCGCGACGAGCUGGUGGCCGAACUGGAGGCAGAGCGGAUGCGCGCGGGCGUAGGAACUAGCAUGGCGGCUGUUGCUGUGGGGCCGGUGCCAGGUGGCAGGCCUAGUGUUGCGGACCUGUAGUACGUCUUCGGUCGCGUCCCGCGAAGGCAUCGCUUUAGUGACCAGAGCUCGUGAGCAAAAGUGCGGUGCGCGUGUGCUACAGAGGGGGGACCGGGGCACAGCAGGUUAGGGUUGCCUCGCGGUUGCAGCUUGCGGUUUGCAUAGGAUCUCGUUUGUCGCGGCGAGUCGUAUGAAGUAUAAAUGUAUUCGUGUCCCUGGUGAUGCUGACUGACCGCCUUCCUCGUUACGUUGCAGACCGGCCGAGCCGUGAAAGGCGGCCUUAGGGGGAGUGAUGCAUUUGGCGUAUGGGGUGUCUGUUAGUUCGUGUUUGUGUGUAUGCGUCUGUGUGGUGGCGUUUGGGGCAAACUUCGGCAGAACAACCGGACUCUCCGAUCUAUCUGGUCAUAGCUCUCAAGAGUUACACUAGGCAUACUGUCUAGGGACGUGAUUAGAGCGUCCAUGCCCUAGAUAGAUCCUACGCCAAGGGUAGCCAUCAUCUUGUUUGACACCGUGCCCUCAAGAGUAUCUUGAUAUGGUCGUCGUGAUGCAGGUGCAGCAUACACAGGGCUUCCCCUUCAUACAUCUAUGAUUAAUUGGACAUGUGCUUAUUAAGCACGAUGUUAGACUGCACGCAUGUCUUUUGGGUUUCUUGCGUGAGCCCCUAUUCCUUGUUUCUGUGGCCGACUAUGAUUAAUGUACAUAGAUCGCGACAGGCAUAUUAACACUGACCACUAUUCUUUUUUGCAAAGCAAGGGCGAACCUCAAAACAUAUGGCCUCUUGGUGACCUAAAUUAAGGUGGGGACGAAAGACUUUGCUAUACAAUUCAUGGCCACCUGUAACGGUAGUACUCUGG